AUGAUGAGAGGAUUUGAAAACUUGAGACUACCGGGAAAAUCAGAGCAAUUGAUCCAAAACACAUCGGCAACGACCAAAGCGAAGCAUUUACUUGUUUACCAGCCUUGGACCCGAACUUCGUAUUACCAUAUGCGAGCUAGCAGUGGCCGCUGCAAUACUUGCUUUGCCGGAAUUGAUACAUCCAUUUCCAAAUCAACCAGGACACCCAGAGGAUUGUUUAAAAAUUGCAAAAUGGGCCGACUACCAAUCGAUCACAACUCCAAAUCUUUUGAUGACUCUCAAUAUUACACGUUUAUCAAAAAUUCCGAGACGUGGCAUUGA